UGUAAAUAAGUGAAGGUAGGCCAGUUAGUAAGCUAUAUCACAACACACCCUCCUCUCAGACAAAUACUCGUACUUACAUCACAUGAUUUCCUCGGGAAUCACAAGACUGAAAGAAGAAUCUCAUGACAGAACAUACGUGAUAAACGAUCUCAAACGAAACGACAAUCUCAAAUUAAAAUGAAGUGGCUUGACUCGCAAGACGUGACGCUACCCACUGCCCUAAAGGAAAGCUAUGUGAGUGGUAACGUGAGGGGCAACUGGCCAUUGUUGAAAUAUGGUCUUGGAGAGUCACUGCAACGUGCCGCUCAAAAGAAACCUAACCAUGUUGCAUUUAUAUAUGCCGACUGUGAUACUCAUGUUUCAUAUGGCCAACUUUCAAACCGGGUGAGCAUUUUGGCAAAAGGUCUAAUAGAAUAUGGUAUUGUCAAGGGUGAUGUAAUUAUGGUCAGUGGUAACCAUGGCGCCGACUUCGCUACUCUCUUCUACGCCAUAGCAAGCAUUGGUGGUAUUUUUGUCAUGCCCUACAUUUAUGAGCCGAAACAUCAUAAUCUAAAAAAGCUUAUAAAUAAGGUCAACGUAAAGAUGCUCGUAAUGCAUGAACGUGAUGAUUCGAUCGUUAAAGCGUUAAAGACAAUUAACCAAGGCGUUGUGGUAAAAAAUGGAUGCGUGAACCAGAUUGACAAUGUGCAUGAGAUUGCCUCACUCAAGGCUGUAGUUGUACAUAAAGACAAUGAACUGUUAGAUAUAUUUACAAAGGCCCAAACAUCGGAUAAGCAGCUGAAUAUAGUUCAAAGUAUGGUCUCAUCCGAAGAUCCGGGUAUAAUAUUCAUGUCUACUGGAACAACUGGGGAACCAAAAGCUAUGCUGCACCGACAAAAUAGUUUAGCAAACACACCAUAUUUCUGGCAACUACGUAGAAAUCAACAGAGAAAGCCGGUUGUCCUAGCUGUUGAGAACCCAUUCCAAGAUGAUGUUUUGUGUCUGUUUGCUCUGACAUCUGCAGUAGUAAACUUCGAGCACAGCGAUGUUACGUGUGUUAUAACUCCUGUAAACUCUCAGAGCCCCGGAGCUAGUGAUGUUAUUGUUGAAGCCAUGGAGAAAUACGGGGCAACACAUGCUGAUCUUUGGCCCUAUAUGUGGCAGGACAUGAUACGCUAUGCUACAACAGAUGGCCGUGAUCUUUCGAAACUCAAAGGAGGAAUGAGUGGAGCACAAAUAUUAGGAGUGGAAACUGUAGAUGCAUUCACAACUCUAGUUCCGGAAUUUGUGAAUCAGUAUGGAACAACAGAGACGCUUACAAUCACAAGUAACUUUAUAGAUGACCCUGUGUACAAAAGAAGACUAGAAUCUGUUGGCACUCCAUUGCCACAUGUAGAGAUAAAGCUUACAGAUGACCAACACAAUGUGGUUCCCAUAGGAGAGGCAGGAGAGGUGUACGUGCGGACACCAAAUAUGUUUAUUGAGUAUAUUGGUGAAUCUGAGAAAACUAGAUCUGUAAAGGACGAAUAUGGCUGGUACAGGACUGGCGACGUCGCACAGAUAGAUCAGAAUGGGUUCAUCUACUUUAUCGGACGUAAGGAAGACAACAUUCGAUUCAAAAAGAUGUCAGAUAUAAUCUAUCCGGGAGUUCUAGAGGCUGCGGCAAGAAAAUACAACAAGGUUGCGGAGGCCCAGUGCGUGGGCAUUCAGAGCGACAACUGUUUUGGAGAUGACAUCUGCCUCUGCAUUAUACUAAAGCCAGGCGAGAGUAUGACAAAGGAUGAAAUGUGGGCACAUUGUCGUUCAGAACUGAUAGAGCGUGAUCAACCGGACUAUAUCUUUAUGAUGGAUACUUUCCCACGUGUCGGUGCUAGGCAAAAGAUAUCUAAGGUUAAACUGAGGGAGAUUUGCCAGCAAUUAAUUGUGAAACAAAAUCAUGGAGAUCAAAAACAGAUUGGAGAACAAUGGCCAGAAGAGACAUAUAACGGAAAUAUGAAGACAUAGGCCAUAUUUUUGACAAUAGUGCCGAGUCAGCAAAAUAAAGGAAAUAUGUUUCUCAGAUGCUCUUUCUCUAUCACCUGUGGUCAGGAACUAGUUCAUGGUCUACUAAGUCAGAAUCUGAGAGUGGUUGCCAUAAAACAGGGACCCUUCUGAUACAAAUACCUUCAUACUUAACAUGGAUAUGUUUUAUUUACAUUCUUGUAGACUUUGAGUGACUGGGGAAACAUUCAGGAGGGGAACCUUAGAACAUAGAACCCAUGAUAUAUUGUAUUUUGAUCUUUUAGAAUAAAAUAU